CAAAAAAAAUUACCUUUCGUCGCUUUUGUUUCACGGUGCGUGUGUUUUCAACAAUUUCCAGACUGAAAAUCUAUUUUAAUCACAUAUUACUUGCCUUUUUGAUGCGGUAUUAGUAUAAUUGCAAAUAAACCGUAUUGCACACCGUUUGAAGGAGAAUCAACUGUUAGAUCCCAGUAUUCUACAAUGGAGGAACGCACCGGGUCGGAACGCAUCUACGGUGGUUGCGAGGGACCGGACGCGAUGUACGUCAAACUGAUCUCAUCGGAUGGACACGAGUUCAUAGUGAAACGAGAGCACGCACUGACAUCGGGAACAAUUAAGGCUAUGCUUUCCGGUCCAGGCCAGUUUGCGGAGAACGAAGCCAAUGAAGUUAAUUUUAGAGAAAUCCCAUCACACGUGCUAGAGAAAGUUUGUAUGUACUUCACGUACAAGGUGCGCUACACCAACAGUUCUACAGAAAUUCCCGAGUUCCCCAUUGCGCCGGAGAUUGCAUUGGAGUUACUGAUGGCCGCCAAUUUUCUAGAUUGCUAAAAACCAGAUUUGCCUGUAGCGUAAUAUGAGAGACAGUAAAUAGCGACGAACGAGUAAACGGCGAUGAAUGAACGGUUGAAUAAAACAUUUUGAACUCGAACAAAUCUAACGAUAACAUUAUGGAAGGUAAAUCAAGAAAGAAUUAUUAUCGAUUGAGUUACCACCCGCCAUCAGUUUGUGAAUUGAACAGUUACAUCUUCAAGUCGCGGUGAUGAAAGUCUAAUACUCUGCGGUAAACAAUGGCUAACGUUUUCUCUCCUGGCCGAUAUGUGGUGGCUUUAGCGUUUUUCAUUCGCAUAUACCCUUAUGAGAAUCAAGCAUAGCUAUUUACGAUGUAAAGUGAACAUACUGAAUCAUAUUUAAAUUAUAUAAAUCUAAGUAUCAUAAUUUAUUCGUUAUGUGUUGUUUUUCUUUAUUUGUCUUGUUUCAUAACAACCAAGCACAUCGCGAAAAAAAUUGAUCGGGAUUGAAAUACAGAAGCCUGCGUUCUUUACUUCAAUACACGAUAUUCUAUCUCAACAUACAUUCGCAUUUAUUUAUUUGAUUGAUGUGAAUGAUUUUGCUUUCCGCAAUGUUGGGUUUAUUUCUUUCACAUCUGUAAGAUUUGUAGUCCGUUACAUUAACUUGGAUUUAUGGUAGAAUAUGCAAAAUAUUUGAAGGGCUGACACUAAAUGGAAAAUUACAAAGCGAUUGUUAUGCUGAAAAAUAUUGUGAUUAAACAAUGGUAGCAUGAGGUAAUGGA